AUCUACCAUGGAGAUGAGGAAUACACUGUACAUCUUUAAUGCAGAGAGGCAGUAUACAUGCGACAGCCUACAUCCCACUGCCUUAAUCCAAGUGGUUUGGGAGCUGUUGUGUCCACAGAUUCCAUGUCCACACUGAACAUGAGGUAUCUCACCUCGAAAGACCAGUUCCAUGCUUAUCUCAAAGCAAAAAGGGAAUCCAGGAAUCAGGAAAACAAUCAAGAUGAUGUCCGGGAGGAAGAUCCUAGUAGCAAUGACCAGACAGAGCCUCCAGCAAAACAGAUGAAGCUAGAUGGUGGUGAUCAAGUUAGGAAGCAAGGAAGCCAAGAGGAAGUUGUAAAAGAGGAGGAGAAGAAACCCCAGGAACAGAAGAGAGCCAGAGGCCAGAAUAAGAGUCGGCCAUGUAUGAAGCCAAAUCACUAUGAAAAGGACAGGCUGUGCCAAUCAGUAAUCCAGGAAUGUGCAGAGAAGUGCUACUUUGGCUCCCAGUGCCGCUUCCUGCAUGAUGUUGGGGAGUACAUGGCUGCAAAGCCCUCAGACCUCGGGGAUAGCUGCGUGCUCUUCAAGACCUUCGGAAAGUGCAUUUAUGGAGUCACAUGCCGCUUUGCUAGGGCGCACCUGGGGGAGGACUACAGGAACAUCAUUAAUGAGGACCUUGUAAAGCAGUGGGAAGGGAAACCACUGGUGAGAAACAGCCUCAGCAAAGAGCUCCAGCAGCGACUGCGCAAGAAAAAAGUUUGCUUUGACAAAUCCAGUGAGUACCUUCGUCACUUGGGCAAGCCCAGCAGCACAGGCAAUGCGGGAAACAAGGCAGCAGGCAACUCAAUGGGGGAGAAAGGGAUGACAAACUGCACAGCAUCCAAAGGGAAUGCCGAGGGCGUGGAUGUCCUACCUCCUGGAGAGGAGGCACCAGAAUGUCUUGCAGUGUCAGAGAAGGGAGAAGCUCCUGAAUCAAUGGUCCUGCAGAGUUCCUGCCUAGCGGAUGCAUCAAAGGAUUCCACUCUCAAAACAAUAGGCCCGGUGACCGAUGAAGAUGUUAUAAAACUGCGGCUGUGUGAGAAAAAAAGAUUGGCUAUCCAAGGCAAACUCUACCUGGCUCCCUUAACAACGUGUGGUAACCUCCCUUUCCGGAGAAUAUGCAAGCGUUUUGGAGCGGAUGUCACCUGUGGAGAAAUGGCUGUGUGCACAAACUUGCUCCAAGGCCAGUCAUCUGAAUGGGCUCUCUUGAAGCGACACUACACAGAAGAUCUCUUUGGAGUGCAGGUCCAGUAUCGUCACUUCAGCCAUGAGGGAAUCCAGGAACAACUCGUGUAUUUCUUACUUGGGGAAACAUCGUCCACUGGGCAUCUGCAGGGAGUAACUUUCCCUCUGGAGGGAGCAUUUCCAGACACUAUGACCAGAUGUGCAGAGCUUCUGAACCAGACCAUUGAGAUGGAUUUUGUAGACAUCAACGUUGGGUGCCCAAUAGAUCUGGUGUAUAAGAAGGGGGGUGGAUGUGCCUUAAUGAACCGUUCCAACAAGUUUGAACAGAUAGUCAGAGGAAUGAAUUCGGUACUGGAUGUUCCUCUGACAGUGAAGAUAAGGACUGGUGUGCAAGAAAAAGUCAACCUGGCUCAUAAAGUAAUCCCCAACAUCCGGAGGUGGGGAGCUUCCAUGGUCACGCUUCAUGGCCGAUCUAGAGAACAGCGUUACACAAAGGUUGCAGACUGGGAGUACAUAGCAGAGUGUGCUAAAUUAGCCAGCCCAAUGCCUCUGUUUGGAAAUGGAGAUAUCUUGUCCUACGAAGAUGCUAAUCGAGCCAUGCAGACUGGAGUUUCAGGAAUUAUGAUUGCAAGAGGGGCAUUGAUCAAACCUUGGAUUUUCACUGAAGUUAAAGAACAGCGACACUGGGACAUCUCUUCCAAUGAAAGAUUUGAUAUUCUCAAAGACUUCACCAAUUAUGGCCUUGAACACUGGGGUUCGGAUACCCAAGGGGUGGAGAAAACCAGGAAGUUCAUGCUGGAAUGGCUGUCAUUUUUGUGCAGGUAUAUUCCAGCUGGCUUAUUGGAGUACCUACCUCAGAAAAUCAAUGAGCGGCCUCCUUACUACAUGGGAAGAGACUAUCUGGAGACCUUAAUGGCAAGCCAAAACGUGGACGACUGGAUUAAAAUAAGUGAGAUGCUUUUGGGGCCUGUACCUACAAACUUUACCUUCCUGCCUAAACACAAGGCAAAUUCUUACAGAUAGGACUGACUGGAAGAGUCCUUAAACAGGCAAGGCAAGAGAAGGCAAUAGAGCUGUAUGUGGUGAGACACGGAUUAUCUGCCUCCGGCUGCUGGGAAUUAAAUAAAAUUUUAUGGUUUUUUAA